AAUUACCGACGUUUAUUUCAAUUUACUAACACAAUAUUCGCCUUUGAAAAAAUUUACAAACGAAAUUUUCAUCGGGGAACCAUAAAAGUGCCCUCUAACGUCGUUCCUUCCAACACCGUCGGGGGACGAUCUUUAUUUGGACGUCAUCUUUAGCAGUAUUGUUCUGGGUUCCGAAUUUGUUUGAAAUAGUUUUUGAAUUUUCCUGGUGGCCGAAGGAGCGACGAGCCAGGGGGCGUUGUAGCCGGAAGGAGGAGAGCCGCCACGGACGAAAUGGAGGAGGACGCGGAAACGGCCUCCGUCUACUCUUUCUCUAGUAGACAGUUCGAUCUCAACUUCGAAAUCGAAGAAUUGGACGACAAAGAAUAUAACAUUCCCCCGGUGGAGAUGCCUCCCUCUUUGGAGAGUAUUUUGAACGAGCCGGACGUGGAUUCGCUCGGCGACGACGAGUUUCCUUCCAAGGAAGAUUACUUCGAAGACGAAGAUGCGAUAUCCGUGAGUUCGGAAUCCAGACAGAGGAGACCGGAGAGAAGUGCAAAGACGUUCUCGCACGGAGAGCACGGUUGUAUUUUGAGACACGUCAUUCUUCGUGGAAUUUCGUCGCAGCUGCAGUCGGCCGAAAAACGCGUCAAUGCCGGAAAACCCACGGCGAUGGUAAUUAAAAAUUAAAUAUGUAAAUUUUAU